AUGUCGCCGAGCGAUAGAUAUAGCGGUCAAGAUGACGGCGCCGUCGUUAUUUCGUAUCCCACUCUGCUCUCUUCCCCACAAUCUUUGGGGCCAGCAAUCGAAAGGGCCUUUGGCUCAGACCCAGAGUCUUUGGGGCUAAUUGUUGUCCGCGACCUACUGUCUGAUUAUCCGCAAUAUCGAGAGCGGCUGUUGAAAUUGGCUUACCAAUUCGGACAUCUCGAUGAAGCUGUCCGAGAAAGCUACUCUGACCCCAGUAGCAAAUAUAGCUUCGGCUGGUCUCAUGGGAAGGAAAUUAUGAACGGAUUACCAGAUACCCUCAAAGGAUCUUUCUAUGCCAACCCUAUUGUGGAAGAUGCCACCGUAGCUCCUGAAGAGAGGGCACUCUUCCCAGAAUAUUACGGCAAGAAUAUCUGGCCUAAGCCAGAUGAGAAGGGGGUGGAAAAUUUUGAAACAGCAUUCAAAGAUCUUUCUAAGCUUAUCUUCAAUGUGGGAUGCCAAUUAGCGGUAGCAUGCCAACCUUUUGCAUCAUCUAAAUUACUUGACUCCACCAUUUCCCUCCCCGACUUGAUCAAGAACUCACAGACGACGAAAGCCCGUUUGCUCCAUUAUUUCCCUCCGUCUUCAACCUCAGUCUCUGUUGAAAAUCCUCCUGUUGAUAGCUGGUGUGGAUUUCACUUGGAUCACUCGCUGUUAACAGGUCUUUGUCCGGCUAUGUUUUUGCGCCGAAAUAACGAUGGAUCGUGCGAUACUAUUAAAUCGCCUUCGCCCACCUCUGGAUUGUACAUCCGUACCAGAGGCGCACAACUAGUUAAAGUGUCGAUUCCAGAAGGCUGCAUCGCCUUCCAAACGGGCGAGGCCCUCGAAAUUGCUACCGAUGGACGACUAUUAGCAACCCCUCAUUGCGUUAAUGUUGGGACUUUCUCUGGAACUGAAGAAAUAUCCAGAGAGUCGUUUGCAUUGUUUAUGCAGCCGAACACCGAUCAGCACCUUUCAAGUAACAUGACCUUCGGGCAGUUCAGUAAAAAGGUUUUCGAAGAACAUUACAAAUCCCCCAAUAGCGUAUAA